AUGCGCCUUUUGGAUCCAAUUGUAAAUAUGCUUUACAGAUUCCUUCUCCACGUGACUUUCGACUUGGCCGGGAACUCUGUCACCUUUCCUUGGCCGGAGCGCACGGUUCCUUACCGCUUCAACGAAAACAUCACGUUAGCGAUGCGUCUGAUCAUCUUGGACGCCAUGUACGAGAUCGAAGGCUACAGCUGCGUCAGGUUUGAGCGCUACGACCCCGAAGCAGGCGAUGGGAAAGCCUUCUUGGACAUCGUGGCUUUGGAGGUGCGGUCCUGCUAUGCUAGCCUCGGCUAUCGCCCUAACGAGCAAAUGAUCUUGGGUCUGCACCAAACGGGCUGCAAGAAAAGGUCAGUAGUGAUUCACGAGCUCCUGCACGCGCUCGGCAUGCAGCACACGCACCAGCGCAACGACAGGAACGACCACGUGGAGAUCUACCGCGGCAACAUCAUGCCUGAGUAUCUAAACUAA